CAAAGAUUGUACACUACUGACUCUUGGUUGGUUUUAGUACGGUACUUUGAAGGGCAGACGAAAAGCGGGCAGACACUACUUGUAAGCUUAGUGUAUUAAUCCGUGGUUGAGCUACUGUGAUCUCAAACAAAGAGGAUCAUCACUAUUUUCGAUAACAAAGCCUUUCAAUUUUAAUAAUGAGUAUCUUGGCGCACAAUGGGUCUGCUGUCAUUGCAAUGUCUGGCAAAGAUUGCGCAGCUAUUGCAUGUGAUCUUCGGUUUGGGGUCAAUUUGCAGACGAUCUCCACUGACUUCACCAAAGUUUAUCCUCUUGGACCUCGGCUGUACGUAGGGUUUCCUGGUUUGGCAACUGAUAAUCAGACAGUAUUUCAACGUUUACAGUUCCGAAAAAACAUGUACGAGCUACGUGAAAAUAAGACAAUCAAACCGCAAACUAUAACUACCAUGUUAUCCAACUUGCUUUACGAGCGCAGGUUUGGACCAUACUUUGUCGAACCAGUAAUCGCUGGUAUUAACCAUACUACCAACAAACCAUACGUUGCAUGCAUGGACUUAAUUGGCUGUGUAUGCGAAGCCAAUGACUUCGUUGUUAGUGGCACAUGUACAGAACAAAUGUAUGGGAUGUGUGAGACGCUUUGGGAAGAGAAUAUGAAUUCGAAAGAGUUAUUUGAGUGCAUUUCACAAUGCAUUUUGAACGCUCUCAAUCGUGACGCUGUAUCUGGUUGGGGUGCUCGAGUCUAUUUAUUAGAAAAAGACGCAGUCACUAUUUCUGACUUGAAAAUGCGUAUGGACUAAGUUAAUUAAAUAUAAGUUACGUAUUUUGCUUGUUAUAUUAUUUUCGUUAUUCA